GCCUGGGUCAGUAACCGAGUUGAGGUGGGCAGUGCGUGGCGAGACUCCUGCGGCGCGGGUCCCAGAGCGAUCCUGCGCGGUUGGGUUUUGUAGCUUGAAGGGUUCGUGCACUUUGCGCUGACGGAGCUGUUGUUUCUGGGGUUUUCUUGCAUGCCUGUUUUUCUCAACAUGAGUGUUAGUUUCACCUUCUUAAGACCUUUUGCUAGAUUUUUGGUGCCAUUUACCCUUCAUAGGAAGAGAAAAGAUGUAUGUUCAACAGUUCUACAGAAAUACAUGUCUUCCAAAGUACCAGCUGUGUCCUAUCCUAAUAAAGAGCGUACUUUGCCUCCUGAACAGCUAGAAUUGGAUGGGUGGAAAAUUACAAUGAAAUCUAGUGUGCAAGAAGAAGGUAUCUCAGCAGUCUCAAACAGCAAGGAUGAAGACCCUCUAGCUGCCACAAGAGAAUUAAUUGAGAUGUGGAGAUUGCUUGGCAGAGAAGUACCAGAACACAUCAGUGAAGAAGAUCUCAAAACUGUUAUGGAAAGUCCUUCGAAAUCAUCAAAAAGGAAAUACUUAAAAUAUUUAUAUGUUAAGGAAAAAAUGAAAAAAGCUAAGCAGAUAAAAAAGGAAAUGAAAGCAGCAGCAAAGGAAGAAGCAAAAAAAGACAAACUGCUAGAAACCACUGAGGAUGAUAAACAGCAAAACUUCCUAUUUCUGCGGCUUUGGGAUAGGAAUAUAGACAUUGCAAUGGGCUGGAAGGGUGCACAGGCCAUGCAGUUUGGACAACCUUUAGUUUUUGACAUGGCUUAUGAAAAUUAUAUGAAACCAAAAGAACUGCAGAAUGCUGUUUCCCAACUUUUAGAAAGUGAAGGAUGCAACAGAAGAAAUGUUGAUCCGUUCCAUAUUUAUUUCUGCAAUCUUAAGACAGAUGGUGAUUAUUACAGAGAAUUAGUUAAACGUUAUGGAGAGAAGUGGGACAAACUGCUUUUAACUGCAACAGAGAAGUCUCAUGUAGAUUUAUUUCGAAAGGAAAAUAUUAUCUACUUAACUGCGGAUUCUCCCAAUGUUAUGACUACUUUUAAGCAUGACAAAAUUUAUAUAAUUGGGUCUUUUGUUGAUAGGAAUAUGCAGCCAGGCACAUCCCUAGCCAAUGCAAAACGGCUGAAGCUGGCAACAGAAUGCCUUCCAUUAGAUAAAUAUUUACAGUGGGAAACUGGUACGAAAAAUCUCACCUUAGACCAAAUGAUGCGUAUUUUGUUAUGUCUGAAAAACACUGGUAGUUGGGAAGAGGCUCUGAAGUUUGUACCCAGAAGAAAACAUACUGGCUUACUGGAGGUUUCUCAGUAUUCUCGAGAGUUUGUCAACCAGUUGAAGAAGUCAAAGACUUUUAAUACAUUUCCAAAAGGCUCUCUAAAUAUACGCACGAAAAAAAGGUGGCUUAAGUGAUAAAGCUUGAUAGCUUACAAAGUAAAUGGAUUGGAAAUAAGGUUCUAAUUCACUUCAUCUUUCUUUUAAAGCUAGUCUUUCCAAACUAACUACAGUAUUGUGUCUUUUCCCAAUUGGUUAAAUAUCUGCAAAACUUAGGAAACUUAUUUACUGUUAAAAUAAUGUGAAAAAAGUAAAGUUCCAAGUUUGUUGAACAGACUACUCUUUAUUUUUUUAAUUUAUUUCAUUGCACUUUAAGUAGAAG